AUGGGAUGCUGGAUUUUGAAUGAAAAACUCUCAGUGCUGUUAUUACUGGUGUGGCUGGGACUGAACUUCUAUUUGUUUAUUGAUACCUUCCACUGGUAUGAAGAUGACAAAGCUUACCUUUAUACACGGAUUAUGCUGGGUUCAACCCUGGCUUGGGCAAGAGCUUCUGCAACGUGCCUUAAUUUUAACUGCAUGCUAAUCCUGUUACCAGUCUGUAGAAACCUUAUUUCAUUCUUAAGAGGAGCAAGCAUUUACUGUGGAGGAGCGCUGAGGAGACAGCUUGACAAAAACAUCACAUUUCACAAGAUGGUUGCCUAUGGAAUAGCGUUAAAUGCAACCAUCCACAUUGUUGCCCACUCCAUCAACAUCGAGCGGUAUCAUUCCAGCCAGUCAAAAGAAGCUGGCGAGUUACGGAAUAAACUUUCUGGUCUUGGCAAGAGCCCAAAUGAAAGCUACUUGAACCCAAUCAGGACCUAUGAAACAAACACAACAGGACAAGUACUAACUACAGUAGCUGGAAUAACUGGAGUUGUGAUAACUGUGGCUUUAAUUCUGAUCAUGACUUCAUCCACUGAGCUCAUCAGAAGGUCAAGCUAUGAGGUUUUCUGGUACACCCACCACCUCUUUGUGGUUUUCUUCACUGGUUUAAUAAUGCAUGGUAUGGGUCAGCUUGUCCGAGGUCAGACACCCCAGAGUCUCCUGCUUCACAAUGUCACCUACUGUAAAGAUCACUACUGGGAAUGGGAGAACACCAGUCAGUGCCCUUUGCCAGAGUUUUCUGGCAACAAACCUGUGGCUUGGAAGUGGGUUUUAAGUCCUAUGGUGUUGUACAUCUGUGAAAGAAUUGUUAGGUUUUGGAGAUUUCGACAGGAAGUCAUAAUUACUAAGGUGGUGACACAUUCCUCUGGAGUCCUUGAGCUCCACAUGAAGAAACAUGGCUUUAAAAUGGGAGCUGGCCAAUAUAUAUUUCUACAGUGCCCAUCAGUGUCACAGCUGGAGUGGCACCCUUUCACCCUCACCUCAGCUCCCGAGGAGGACUACUUCAGUGUCCACAUACGGCUCGUCGGGGAUUGGACUGCAGCCCUUUUCAAGGCCUUUGGAGCAGAGGAAAAAGCUCUGAAGGAAUUGUGGAUGUUACCAAGACUGGCUGUAGAUGGACCAUAUGGAUCUGCAACCACAGACAUCUUCCACUACCGAGUCAGUGUGUGCAUUGCAGCAGGAAUUGGAGUCACACCAUUUGCCUCUAUUUUAAAAUCCAUUUGGUACAAAUGCUGCAACCCUGACACAGUACUGGCACUGCAGAAGGUUUAUUUUUACUGGAUUUGUCGAGACCCAUCAGCAUUUGAAUGGUUUGCUGAUCUUCUCUUCCAUUUGGAAACAAAAAUGGCUGAAAAAUGGAAAAAUGACUUUCUAAGCUAUCAUAUAUUUCUUACUGGCUGGGAUGAAAGUCAGGCUACUCACAUAGCCCUACAUUGUGAUGACAAGACGGAUGUAAUUACUGGUUUGAGACAGAAAACCUGUUAUGGAAGGCCAAACUGGGACAAUGAGUUCAAGAAACUAGCUGAAAACCAUCCUAGGCAGAAUACAUGGCAUUCGUAUUCUGGCAGCCUGACUCAACGUAAGGACAUUCAGUCGAGUCAGUAA